AUACCUUUUACUGUAAUACAUUUUUAAAAUGUUAGCAUUCAUUGUAGGUUAUGAUCGCACCAGGUAUCCACUGGUCUGCUAGGAAAGAAGGAUGCCAGAAGGCUUGAGGUCAUCUGAGUGCCACUACAUGACAAGGUUCUGCUAGGACAGGAGGCCCGCAAAGCUCUGCCCACCUGCCCUUCUACUGCUGGUCAAGCCCAUUAAGCUGCUGCCCUGGCCACAACUGAAGGCCCCACGCCCCAGGGAGGAAACCACUGAAGAGGCGUCCUUACUCCCUUGCACCUCAAACCAUCAAUUAAUAUUAACGAGGGAAGGCUGCACACUGCCUAAAGACCCCCAACAGGGUGCAGGUGGAGAGCCCCACCCCGUGUGACUCAGGAAGUUAAAGGACCGGGGGCCAUCUGGGAACUCAGAGUGUCCUGAUGGCGUGCAGGGACGGGAAGGUCACAAUCCAACUGGUGGAUGAAGAUGCAGGCACAGGAGCCCGGGACCCAGAGCCCUUUCGGGGCCAGAGCUAUGAGGCAAUCAGAGCAGCCUGCCUGGAUUCAGGGAUCCUGUUCCGCGACCCCUACUUCCCUGCUGGACCUGAUGCCCUUGGCUAUGAUCGGCUGGGCCCGAACUCCGAGAAGGCUAAAGGGGUGGAAUGGAAGAGGCCCAGAGAGUUUUGUACCGAGCCUCAGUUCAUCUGCGAGGACAUGAGCAGGACAGACGUGUGUCAGGGGAGACUGGGGAACUGCUGGUUCCUUGCCGCUGCUGCCUCCCUCACUCUGUACCCCCGCCUCCUGUACCGGGUGGUCCCCCCUGGACAGAGCUUCCAAGAUGGCUACACAGGUGUCUUCCACUUCCAGCUCUGGCAGUUCGGCCGCUGGGUGGAUGUCGUGGUGGAUGACAGGCUGCCGGUGCGCGAGGGGAAGCUGAUGUUUGUGCACUCGGAGCAGCGGGACGAGUUCUGGGCCCCGCUCCUAGAGAAGGCCUAUGCCAAGCUCCAUGGUUCCUACGAGGUAAUGAGAGGCGGCCACAUGAACGAGGCUUUCGUGGACUUCACAGGCGGCGUGGGCGAGGUGCUCUACCUGAGAGGCAACACGCCGGGCCUCUUCUCUGUCGUCCGCCAUGCCCUGGCCAAGGAGUCCCUAGUGGGCGCCACUGCCCUGAGUGACCGGGGCGAGUACCGUACAGAAGAGGGGCUGGUGAAAGGACAUGCGUAUUCAGUCACAGGCACACACAAGGUGUCCCUGGGUUUCACCAAGGUGCGGCUGCUGAGGCUGCGGAACCCAUGGGGCCGCGUGGAGUGGACGGGGCCCUGGAGUGACAGGUGCCCAUGCUGGGAUGCGCUGCCCCUGGAGUGGCAAGAAGCCCUACUGGUGAGGAAGGAGGAUGGUGAGUUCUGGAUGGAGCUGCAGGAUUUCCUCCAGCACUUCAACACCAUCCAGAUCUGCUCCCUGAGCCCCGAGGUGCUAGGCCCCAAUCCGGCUGGGGCCGGCUGGCACAUCCACACCUUCCAGGGCCGGUGGGUUCGUGGCUUCAACUCUGGCGGGAGCCAGCCCAGUGCUGAAACCUUCUGGACCAAUCCCCAGUUCCGGCUCACGCUGCUGGAGCCUGAUGAGGAGGAGGAGGAGGAUGACGACGAGGACGAAGGGGGGCCCUGGGGAGGCUGGGGGGCAGCAGGGGCGAGGGGCCCUGCGAGAGGGGGCCGUACCCCCAAAUGCACAGUCCUCUUGUCGCUCAUCCAGCGCAACCAGCGGUGCCUGAGGGCCAAGGGCCUCACUUACCUCACUGUGGGCUUCCACGUGUUCCAGAUUCCGGAGGAGGUGGGUCUCACACGGGGCCCAGACCCCACCCCUCGGCCCGCCCCGGCUGGCUCGGUCAGCCUGCGCGGAGAAGUCCAGGAGGGGGCGGGCGGGGGGGGCUACAGUGGGGCGGCUUUAGUCACGGCGCCCGGUCCGCAGCUGCUGGGCCUCUGGGAUUCGCCGCACAGCCGCGAGCUCCUGUCCGGGCUGCUGCGCGCCGAUCGCUCGGUCUUCUGCGCUCGCCGCGACGUGAGCCGCCGCUGCCGCCUGCGCCCCGGCCACUACCUCGUGGUGCCCAGCGCCUCCCGCGUCGGCGACGAGGCCGACUUCACGCUGCGCAUUUUCUCUGAGCGCAGCCACACUGCAGUGGAGAUCGAUGACGUGAUCAGCGCUGACCUGCAGACCCUCAUGCUUCUUUUCUGGAAAUGGUCACAGAUCUUCCCUGCCUGGACCCCCUGGUUGUGUCUGCAUCUGGGCCCUGGACCCCUUCUUUCCCUUCACACUGGCUGCCAGCCUCAGGAGGAAGAACUCAAUGCCUAUCAGCUCCAGACCUUGCUAAGCAUUGCCCUGCAGCCAGCCAGGGGCAACACUAGGAACUCUGGGGAGAUUGGGCUCAGGACCUGUGAGCAGCUGCUGCAGUGUUUUGGGAAUGGGCAAAGCCUGGCCCUGCACCACUUCCAGCAGCUCUGGGGCCACCUCCUGAUGUGGCAGGCCAGAUUUGACAAGUUUGAUGAGGACACCUCUGGGACCAUGAACUCCUACGAGCUUCGGCUGGCACUGAAUGCCGCAGGCUUCCACCUGAACAACCAGCUGACCCAGGCCCUCACCAGCCGCUACCGGGACAGCCGGCUUCGUGUGGACUUUGAGCACUUCGUGUCCUGCGUGGCCCAGCUUACCUGCAUCUUUCGUCACUGCAGCCAGCACCUGCACGGGGGCGAGGGGGUCAUCUGCCUGACACACAGACAGUGGACGGAGGUGGCCACCUUCUCCUAGAAAGUCAGGUCAGCCCCUGCUGCCCAAGGCCUGCCCCUCCCAGUGUGGUGCUAGCUGGGUGCCCAGCUGGCUGAAGGAUGAGGCCAACAUUCCCGGACCAGGCCGCCUCUCUGUGCUCGGCUAUCCUCAACCGCACUGUGGGUCAGCACCGGCACUUUCUGUGCAUCCCACUGCCCUGUGUUAGUCCCUGCUCCCCUUUAGACGCAGGCGGGCCCACAGCAUCUUUGAUUUUACACAGGAUGGGACUGGCGUCUGCGGGUCACACUCUCCCGAGAGGUGGAGAACAGAAAGAGAGGACACUGGAGGGAUCCUUCUUAAAAAUAUUUUAUUAUCCUGUCCCCAGAAGGGUGGUUUAUCCAGAAACCAAGAAAAAAAUCAAUCAGAAUAAACUCAAAAGGGGGGGGGGGCAAAACCAUCAACUACCAGGCAGCAGGCCAGCAGCCCACCUCCAACUCAGGAGGUCCCCAGAGACCCCUGCGUGACGCACACGAGGACGACAAUCAGGAAGGGGCCAGGAGGGCAGCAAAUCAGCUAUGUCUUCAUUAUGAGAGCAAAAGAGGCGGCAAAGAUAUGUUGCUAGGUGAAUAUAUAUUUAUAUAAUAAAUCCGUAAGUUAAUAAAGUAAAUAGUAAUCCUCUGAAA